GGGGAUGACAUCAUUUGCCAUAAACUUUCCACCCACAUUCCAUCCAUUCCAUCCUCUCCAUCCUUUCCAUCGCCUUUCUCUCGCCUUCGCUUCACACUACACUUACUCACUUCUCAUUUACUCAUUUACUCAUUUCCUCAUUUCCUCAUUUCCUCACGUACUCACUUCCUCGCCCCCUCAAUCCCUCCAGGCUCCCUCAAUCAAGCUUGCGCGCCACUUGCUAUUUUGCCCCCCUCUUCUAUUACUCGUACUCAGUAUCUUGCCUCCCCCCAAUUGCAUGCUAUAUCUCAAAUGGGCUAUACUCCUCCUACCCCCGAUUUAAUGCAGCAUGGAGGACUCGUCGGGCUCAUUCUUCCUCGGUUUUUCGUCCGUCAAUGAUUCCGAGUCGCGCACUGACAACACCACUGCCACCACCAGCACCGAUCCCACCACUUACACCAACACCCCUAGCGGCAGCGGCAGCAGCGGUGUCGGCGGUGCCGGUGGAGGAGCAGGGGGAUUCAUCAGCAGUCGAAGUGGGAGCUCCGACUGGUCUUGGGAAAUCAGAAGCAAUUCCGCCUUGCCCCCGGGCUUGCAACCUCAACCUGCACCUACUCAUGCCGCCAACUUCCCAGUCCCCUCGCACUCUCUACCUCUCCCUUCUCCCCUCCCGACUACGACAACUAUCACCAGCACUGCCUCUCGACAUCCCAACAAGCGCGAACGCUCGGAGCACCAGCACCAGCACCAGCACCAGCAGGAGCAAUCCCGCUCCCGCAACCGUCCCAUAGCUCGUCAUCAAUCCUCCUCCUCGUCGUCCCACGAUAUCGCCAUCGCCGGCCUGUCCAGACUGGCCGGCAAGGUGGCUAUCCCCCGCACCACGAGCUUCAACAACCAGACCCAGCGCCGUCGGUCCACGCGGGCAUGUGAACCCUGUCGCCUGCGGAAGAUAAAGUGUGAGGGGGACAAGCCCAUCUGUCGCCAGUGUGCCGAUCACAAUGUGACCUGUACCUAUGUGGAAGUGAAGCGGGUGCGGGACCAGAAGAAAUUGGGAUCGUUGACCAGUAAGGUGGGGAUCUAUGAGCAGCUGUUAAACGAGGUGGAGCGCACCGCGGACGAAGAUACCGCGAGGAGGAUUCGGAGGGCGCUGAGGCUGCGGGUCUCCGACGGGACGACGCCAGAAGAACCACCGCCGAAUGAGAACGAGGGGUCUGAGUCGGAUUCCUCGUCCAUUGGCUCGCUCAAUGAGUUGGAUACGGUGGAAGAGGAUUUGAACCGCAGUGACCGGGCCGUCGCGACAGGGUUCUUUGGGAAGAAUUCGGAAGUGUCCUGGUUGCAGAAGCUGGAGGACGAGGCCGAGCUGCGCCACCUUCAAAUGGAGGAACUUCAUGAGGCGGACAGCAACGACAAUGCGUCGGACGGGCAGCAGCAGAUGCAGCAGCUCCUGCUGGUCCCGCAGCCAGCGCAGAAGCAGGAAACGCCCGUUGCCGCGAUGAACUACUACCUGGAUGACCUCGACAUCCCCGUCAUGGCGGAUGUCGACCCGUACGCGCUCCCGCCCAAGGACGUUGCUAACCGACUCUUCCGGCUCUAUAUAGAGAGCGUGCAUCCGUCCUUCAACGUGAUCAGCAAAGUGUUCUUUGUCUCUCAGUAUUCGCAAUUCGUCAUUCAGGGGAAUCGGCAGAUUGAGCCGGGCGAUCGGUGGCGAGCCGUCCUGAACAUGAUCUUCGCCAUCGGGAGCCGCUUCUGCCAGUCGGUGUAUGGGAAGAAGGGGGGUGACUACGAUGAUGUGGUGUAUCUGAAUCGGGCACGGAAGCUGACCCUGGGCGAGAACGUCAUCUUCGAGCACGCCAAUCUCCAGCAGAUCCAGGCGGAGUUCUUGGUGGCGUUCUACUUCCUUUCCAUGUGUCAGGUCAAUCGCUCCUUCAAGUUUUCGAGCAUGGCCUUUCGGUCAGCCGUUUCACUGGGCAUAAACCUCCGCCUCGAGAAUAGUGGCACGUCGCGGGCUGCCAAAGAAGCUCGCUGUCGUCUGUGGUGGUCGAUCUAUCUCCUCGAGCAUCUCCUGACGGCCAUCACCGGCCGAGUCUCCUGCGUUGGGGAAGGCCUCAGUGCGACACCACUGCCUAUCCCAUUCGAGGAGGAGGCCUGGAACAGCCCCGAAGUUCGGCCCAUCUUAGAAGAUCCCGCUCUUCAGAUGAGCCGUCUCAAGCUCACCAUCCUUCAAAACGAACUCGAAGCAACCACCACGGCCUCGUGGCUCGCAACCUGUGCGCCCAGUCCGUCCCUCUUCUUCCACCUCCUCGUGGAUCUCUGCAGUAUCACGCAGGCUAUCAUCAACAAAGUCUAUAGCAUCCAAGGCUUGCGCGACCGCGCCAGCCAGGUUGAACAGCGCAUUCGCAAAUACGAUCACACCCUGAAAGUCUGGCUCAUGAAAGUCCCGGCGCCGUACCGGUUCACCGUGAGCGACCAGGACGAUACGUUUUAUAUCCUCCCGGACCUGCAGAGAUCCCACCAGCGCGAACGGAUAUCUCUCGCCAUCAGCUAUUACAGCGCUCGCAUCACACUCUCGCGGCCGUGUCUCACCCGCUCCGGCCUCAAGUCCGGGUCGAUGUCCCCCAACCCGACGCUUGCCUCCUCCUCGGCCCAGAACGCCUCCCACAAUUCCUCUGCACGGAGCCAGUUCCGCAAUGAGAUGGCCCGCAACUGCGUCCACUCCGCCUGCUCGCUCCUAUCCGUCUUGCCGGAAACCCCCAACCUUCCCUGGCUGGUCUCGGUCACCCCCUGGUGGUGUAUCCUACACUACAUCAUGCAGGCCACGACCGCGCUGCUCCUCCACCUGUCGUGCUGCCCGCCCGUGCUGCCGUCGACCGGCGGCGAGGAGUACGUCGACACCACCUCCAGCGCCAUCUCGAACCACCAACCGCCCACGGCGCUCGCCGACAUCCACACCAUGACCCGCGAGAUGAAGAAGGCCCUCCGCUGGCUCCACCACCUGUCGUUCACCCACACCGCCGCGCGGCGCGCGUUCCGGCAAUGCUACAGCGUCGUGCAGCGGAUCGCCCCGAGCAUUGGGAUUGACAUUAGUGAUAUCCCGGACGGAAAGGACCUUCCGGUGGAUGAGGACCCUUUCUCCCAGAAGGAUGAAGAAACUUUGGCCCGGAAGGACGAUGAUGACACUUUUUCUCAGGGGGAUGAGGAAGACACUUUCGCCCGGAAGGGCGAUGAGGGCACUUUCCCCAAGAAGGACGUGGAGGACUACGAACCAACCGCCAUGCAAAUCGACGAGGAACCCCCGGCCCUUGAGAUCGACGGUCAAAUCGAUGGUCAGAUGGAAUAGUUGCUGUGUAUACGACACCACAGGGAAAUCCUUGUUCCAGAUAUUAUGUAGAUAUAUAUAGUCGAUCAACUUUCCGCCCGGAGUUUAUUUUCAAAGCCAAGCGAGCGAAAUAGUAUCUGUCAUUCAAGAGCGAGGCGUAUCAAUUUCUCAGUCUUGCGUUGUGGUCGUCUGUUUCCGUUUGGUUUGUUUUUUUGUGUGCGUGUGUGUGUGCGUUUCGGAUAAGCCUGCUUGACCUUGUUUCUCAAUGUUCUUGAAAUCAACGGCCCAGUCCCUCAAAUCUGUCCCUCUAGCUCGGUCUUGUUGCACUGUCUGUCCUAUAUGGAUGGGGCCAAUCUUGGUCAAGCCGGUCCCUUCACUUGUCUGGCUGGGUUGUUUUACUGUUUUACUGUUCGCAGUAGGUAGGUAGGUAGGUAGGUAUAUAUACGACUUUGCGAUCUCGGUGGCGUGUACCGUACCUAGUGCUGCCUCCUACCUUCCUAUCCAC